AACCCGCGGACUACGGGAGCGCUCAUCUCGACGGGAACUGAAAAAAACAAACAAAAAAAACCAAAACAAAAUGCCUCCCUCCAGCCUUCAGUUGUUCAGGGGGUUUCUCACCGAGCGAUUAACAGCUGCUGCUGUGGAAAUAUUUGGAGAAGUGGAAAAAAUUGUGGAACUGUACUGCGAUGAAAACAACCGUCUGCAGAAGGCGCUGGACACGUUGUUCAACUCCGAAGUGAAGCUACACAGGAUAGACAGGGCUGCUCCUCCUGCUGCAUCAACCACUGACAUCUUUGAGCAGGAGCAAAGAUACAGACUGGACAGCCUAGGGCCUAACCAACCAGCGAUAAAAGAGGAGCCAGAAGACUGUAUGGUUGAUCCGGGAGAUAAAAUCUUUCAAGGGCCCGAAAUAGCUGAUAGCAAGGACUUCAUUGUUACAACUGUUUGCAAGAGUGAUUACACUGAGCAAGACUCCAAUGUACCUCAGAUUCCUCCUAUAGACCACCUUCCAGACACAGAGUUUCAUUCUGAGUCGACAUUGUCCCCAAUCGCAGCGCAUGGCACUGCUGACAUUGAACCUGCGAUCUUUAGAGACUUACAGAGAAGCACCCAUCAUCCACCUCUGUCCAAAGCAAGCAAGAACAAACGUCGAAAAUACUUGCAAUGUCAAGAUUGUGGAAAAAAGUGGAAGAAAAAGAGUGGGAAAUUGGGCUCAACAAAGAGAAUAAGAAAGAGACCCCUGCAGAAAACCAUCCUUGAAAUUCCAAGGAGGAAACAGUUCAAAUCUUUGACUAAUGAACUGCCUGACACCAAGUCUUUAAUGUUGGGGCUCGCUGAAGCUUUUAAGGACAUCCCAGAUGCCGAAAAACCUCUAAUAGCAAAAACUGGCUUUAGUGAUAAUAUGGAAUUAGUGGAUUCUGUUUAUGGCAAAGUACCUAAAGGCUGUCCGCUUUCCUACCAGUGUCCUGUGCCAUCAGUUCUUGAUUACAGCCCUCACGAGAAUGCCCCUCCUACACCAUCUCUUCCUUUAGUUUCUCAUAAACUAGAGCCAGCAACAUCCCUCCCUCACUUAAGUGGCAAGGAGCUGGAACACUUGAAAUCCUUGGAGAUUACCUGGGAUGCUGCACACAGUUUAGAACUUUUUACUCGUCAGGUGGAAAAUUCAGAGGCAUUAGAUGCAAUGCGGAAGUCACGCUUGACCAGCCGUUUCAAGGAGAUAUGCCAACUUCAAGCAGGAAAGAGUCACGGGGAGCACCUGGUUGUUAAGAUCCAAAAAGAAAUUUCCGAUUCUAAGUUAGUGAAGAUGGAAAAGGUGCAGAGGCCUGAAGCGCUCCGGGAAUACUGUAAGCAAGCGUUCGUCAACUGGUCCGCUUGUGGUUUGGUUGUCCACCCAGAUGCACCUUGGCUAGGAGCAGUUCCUAAUGGUCUGGUCUAUGAUCCCACGGAAAACCCAAAGUAUGGCUUGGUUCAUGUCAAAUGCCCCCAAAUCCGUAGCUUUGUUGACUGUCGUUUCCUGGAAUUUGAGUACGGAAUCUUGAAACUAAAAAAUACCCACCCCAUCUACUGGCAGAUGCAAGGGGAGAUGCUGGUGACGGGUACUGAGUGGUGUGAUCUGGUGGUCUACACAGAGGAAGACAUACUGGUCCAGCGUGUUUACCGAGCCCAAACUGUGACAACAGCCAUGAAGGAAAAGCUGGACAGCUUUUUCUUCAGUUACUACUUGCCAUUUCUUUGUUCUGUUUGAGUUCACAAGUUGAGUGUCUAUGAUAUGUUUUUGUCACUGCUGUCAUAGUCGUAGUUAGUUCCUUUUAUUUUUUGUUUCUUGGGCAGGAGAUAACUCCAAAGCAAUGUUUGCUCAUUAUCUUCUCAUUGAUGUCCUGCAAAUUUAUUCACAUUGGCUGUUAAGGUUUUUGUUUCCAUGUUUUGCUGUUCUCUGGACCUUGUAAGUUAAUGCAAUUUGCAGGAUAUUGGCAUGUAAUCCUUUUUAAAGACAUAAGCCCCCCCCUUUUUGUUUAAGUUUGGUCAAUAAAGU